GCCAGCCCAGGUGGCAGGUUGUGAGCCUGACAGACAGACGGACGGACAGACAGACAGACAGACAGACAGACAGUGGUCAUGCCAUUUUCCAUGUGCCUUCCUCGCUGGGGGAGAGUUUGCGCCCCACAAGCGCAGAGCAGCUAUUUUGAAAGUGACCCCUCAUUCAGGCAGCGACUCUGCAGCUGUCAGGAACCAUGACUGAAGAUGACGGAUUCUGUUGUUGUGGAGGGAUAUGCCAGGCUCAGAGACGGGAAAAAGUGGAAAACUAGGUGGCUCGUUCUUCGAAAGCCGUCGCCUGUUGCAGAUUGCCUUGUGCUGCUGGUGUUUAAAGACAAAUUAGAAAAAGCCCAGGGUAACAAGGAGAGGGCGAAUGUCACCUUGGAGGAGAUCUGUGGUCUGGAAGCUGGCCAGUGGUAUGAAGGUGUGGCUUUCACUCUGGCCAUCCUCUGUCUGAAUCAGGCCGCUCUACUUGGCUUUGACACUAAGGAGGCCCUGCAGGCGUGGGACGCCCGCCUACGAUACAGCCUCGGAGAAGUUCACAGAUUCAGUGUUGGAGUCUUACCAGGGACCAAGUUGGAGAGCGGACCUGCAACACUUCAUUUGUGCAACAACUUACUGGCCCUUGCUCGGGAAGUCCCUCCUGUCAUUAUUGGCCACUGGAACCUCCCAGACCUGCGCAGAUAUGGACCUGUACCCAAUGGAUUUGUGUUUGAGGGAGGAACAAGAUGUGGUUACUGGGCUGGUGUUUUUCUGCUCGCAUCCGCUGAGAGUGAGCAGAUCAGCUUUCUGUUCGACUGCAUUGUCAGAGGCAUCUCCCCCACUCGAGGCCCUUUUGGACUGCAGCCUGUUUUUCCAGACCCCAAUGUCAGCCAGAUGAAUUCAGAGGAGAAACUGAACCUCGAGGCCCAGGAGCUGGAGAAGCGACUGAGCUUGCUUUCUCAUGAGAGCAACACAGUCCUGUCCACAUACUGUCUGUCUGCUGGGGGGGACAACCGCAGCAUAUCUGGUUCUUCAGACACUUCAGACACCAGCCAGUCAGACUGCAGUUCUGGCAGCCGACUGGCCAUUUGGACUGAACCUGCUUCCAACCCACCUGAAAAUGUCAGUCACAUGGGCUCUAAAGUGGCACAGCAGAUUGUCGAGAAACUUUCCGCCAGCCAUGCAGGCGGAAAUCGGCCUGCUGCAAAGCCUCCCCGGCAGCUUCAGGAAAUUGGCCGUCAGAGUUCGUCCGACAGUGGCAUUGCUACUGGCAGCCAUUCCUCAUACUCCGGUAGCUUCUCCUCCUACACAGGCAGCCUGGAUAUCACCCCUGGAGAGGACUUUGGGUCUGUUUUCAGCUUGCCUCCUCACUUGGCUCAAGACCUGAGCCCUUGCAUUUGCCUCACUGUUCCUGGACAUGAGUACCAGGUGCCAACAUCACUUCGGUAUCUCUAUGAUACUCCCAGGAGUCUGGUACAGGAAGGAAGCGUGGGUGGCAAAGACAAUGAACCCUCCACCGCAACUAAAGACACUCCUUCAGGCUUUUCAACAGAAGCAGCAAAUAGGGAUAAGAGCGGUGCCACAACCACCGAGUGUCACUUAGAAACUACUGAAAGACGGUCAACAAGCGUACAAUUGCAGUGCCCUUCAGAGGAGGGGAAAAAAAACAAAGUUGCACCUUCUAGUGACUCCUAUCAUCUAUGCAGCUCUCUCACAUCCAGUCCCAAAACCAUUGUGACCAUUUGUUCAGUGUGUGGUGGAUUUAAGGGAACACCGUGCAUCCCUUCAAGUUCUUCAGUAACACCUGCCAUACCAACAGAUCAAAGUGUUGACAAACCACCGUGCAGCCCCAGUGAAUCCUGGGUCACUCCUGGCUCUGGACGCAUCCACGGCAUAGAGACACCGACAGUGGAGACAAGCCAGAAGUCACCGAUACCACAAAAAAGAAGAGAGAAAUUAGCCAGUCUCUUAGCUGAUUUGCUUGGCUUUUCAAGCACAGAUAGGCAGCCAGAUGCAAAUACACAUAGAUUAUACCUCUAUGAGUCAAUGAGACCUGCUUUUGGCAAUGAGCUCUAUUUAGCACCAGCUGUACCAUUACCAGAUUCACUGCAAGAGAAAAGAACUGUCAUCUAUGAAAACUGCCUGAAGUGUCAAGGAGAGCGCUGCCAUCCUCCACCACGGGUCAUGCCUGCUGAAAUGUACUGCAACAAGGACAUUUCCCCUUUGCAAACCUUCCAAACUCCACUGCACCUGAAGAAAAGCCCAGAGCAUAAAGGUGCUACUGAUGAGGAGCUUCUCUAUCACGGUCAGAGUGAUGGAUCCCAGAGUGUGGAUGGGCAGUUACAGUAUGAAGAGAUGAAUGGUCGGACAGUGAUCAAUGAAGACAAAAGGUUUAAUAGUAAAGAGGAAAGACGCAGAGCUGAUCCUGCUUAUGAGAUCAUGGAAAGUCGGGUGCCAGAAAGGAACUCAGAGGCAGAAGAAAAAAGCAAGUAUGAGCUAAUGGGCAGCUGUAGUCAGCAGAGAUUUCUUCAAGAGAGUGAAGGGGCAGUGUUUGUUUUCCCUCCAGAGGCUCCACUUCCUGAAAGACCUUGGAGUGAAAGUGUGACAUACGUGAAUAUUCCUGUAAGUCCCACGUCCAAGAAACAGCUCAACUACAUGGAGCUGGAGCUACAGGAGCCAGGGCAUGGCACCAGAGGGACUGCUGCACAUCAGCCAGCACAGAUAAAAGCAGUCAAAUCAGCAGUGAGGACAGAGAUCCACUUCACUCUGAGGACCGGUGUCAUGUUUGUUUGGAUGUUGUCAUCACUUGUCCAAGCUAAGUUUUGUUUUUUUAAUUUAAUUGGAAUUAUCUGUUUGCUGCAACAAGUGAUUCCUUCAAUUACCGAUUAAUUUAUUGGUCAUUCGCCCCUAAUGUAUUGGUCAAAGAAUAUUAGCAUUUAGUGAAAAAGGAGCUCGGUCACAUCUUCAAAUGUCGUCAUUUAUUAACCAGAGGUGGAAAGCAAAAAGAUGUGCCGCUUGUUAUAAUAAAGCCUUAAAAACAGCAAACCUUUACAACUAAGAAGAUGGAUGCUUUAAAGAUGUGGCUCCAAACAACGUGAUUUAUUCGCAUGUCAGGAUGACGAGAGCCGACCACCAGCAGCCAGCUAACUUAGCUUAGCACAGAGACGUAAGAUAAUGAAUUAAACAAGACAUGCAAGAUAAUGGUAAUUGUGGCUUCAUAUUUACUUAUUUAUCUUAGUCAUUCCUCAUUUGAAAGUCCUUUUCAAGUGGGAAAAACCUAACAUUACUGCUUUAUCCAUCUGAUGAAGUGAUGGAAUUCAUUCAUUCAGGCAAACAUCACUUUUACAUUAAUGGUCAAUAUUUACAUCAGGUGAUGAAUAAUGAAGAACAAUGCAAACCAAACAACCAAAUGUUUAACCUAAACUAAUAGCAACCUUAACUUAAAAUGUAUUUUCAUUGAUCUUCAGCCUAAAGUUGCCAUAUUUUGAUCAGUAUGUACUACCAACUAUGUAAUUAUGGGAAGUAUUUACACUCAUAAUAAUAAUACUACUGCAAGUAGCCUGCUGUGAGAAUGAAACCGACAUUCUUUGUAAUAAAAGAAAUGGACCUGACAAAAAAGUAUUGCGACUUUAAUCAAUUUAAUCACUGGAUCAAACUUUUUUAGUAAAAUAAAAAAAUAUUCUGGCAGCUGUGAUGACGCUCAGUAUCCAACCUGAAGAUUUUCAGUUUGUGAUCGCGUAGAAAUUGAAGGAAAAAAAAGAAGUGAGGGAAAAACUCAACAUGCAUAAAAGAUGUCUUGUGAUUUUAACAUGCAAACUGUCUCUGUAAUGUUUAUGUGCCAAUAUUGGUGAUGGAAUGUGUUCCAUAAGAGAGUGUUCCACGUUACCAACCUUCAAAACUCACCUUAAACAGUGGCUGAAAGUGAACCAGUCUUGUGACCAUUGACCUUUAACUUCUUUGUGUACUUUUUGUAUUGUGCUUUUAUUGUGGCCUAUUGUCCUAUGUUUCAGUGUUAUGUUUUUUGUUACCUGCCUAGGGACUGCGGAUGUAAAUUAGCAUUGUUGCUAUUAUCCGGCAUAUCAACAUCUAUUGCUGUAUAAACAGACGUUCAUUCAUGCGCACUCACUGUCCCUAUCAAAUAGAUAAAUAAACAAGAAACGUACUCAGAGAGCAGUACUCCGUCAAUGCUGCUCAGUUGUUGUAUCAUUUCUGACAGUUGAAAUCUUUAAUAAAAAAUUACCUUGCGCUGAGCACAGGCGUGUGUAAUGCAUGUGUAUGUUACGUGCAGAUGCCAAAUCGUGUGACCUAAAUAUGUAGCAGGCAGUGGGAAUUGAUGGGACUUGAAAACACCCCCACAAUUUAAUCAAUUGUUCCUUCUACCAUUUCCAAUGGUAAGUCCUGAUAAGUCCGCAGCGGUGGAUUUGUAGUAGGAUCACAAUAAUGUGAUCAUCAGCAGGCAGCUGCUGCUAGUUGUCAUGACGCCAUGCUGCCAUCUCGCAAUACAGAAAUCUCUUAACAAAUCCAUGGAUCCACACUAUAAACUGCAUCACUGCCAAAAUCUAAUCACUCAGUCCAUGUGUCAUUUCUGACCUUCAGUGAAAGUUUUAUCCAAAUCCGUUACUCCAUUUUUGAAUAAUGUUGCGAACAGACAGACAGACAAGCAGACGGACAGACAGACCAACGUACGCCAAUCGUCACAUAGCUCCGCCGCAUUCCUUGGUGGAGUAAUAAAUCAAAAAGCCCUCCCCAAAUCACUUCACACAACUUAAAGUACAUUGUAAUCUUGAGCACGACUAUCCAGCAUGCAGGUCAGAUUUGCCGUGUCGAAGGUUAUACGGAAACAGCAAGGUCCAACCUAGCAAGACUGCUGUUGCAACUUUUACAGAAAUGUUAGCAGGGUGCUUAUUUGGAGAAGAACCUGACAUCAGAUAACAAAAUGGAGUGCGUGUCUAAAAGGGCUUGAUUGUUUUUGUUCAGCUAAAGAGAAAGUGUGGAUAAACAUUUGAAUGCUAGACUCUGAAGUGUGGUUGGGUUAAAACCAGCUCUUCUGUUG